AACUGAUUAAUUAACUCCUUGAUUAAUGACGCCGGUCAUCGGCGGCAAGUCAAAACAGAGAGACUCUAGUUAAUCAUUGAGCGCGCGCCGGGAGCAAAUAUAAAACGGCACCUUUGUUAACUACACUCGCACAGUUGCACUCGUAGCUAAGCUUCCACAACGCUCAUCCAUGGCCAUGGCCGUCAGCUUCCUCCUCCUCCUCUCUCUCCUGCCCCCUCUACUCGCGACAGCAGCAGCACACGGCAGCGGCCACUUCUCCGACGCCGACGAUGCCGCCGCCGCGCUGCUCACCUCGUGCCUGGCGACGGCCGGCGUGCGCAACGUGACCUCGCGCCGCUCGCCGGCCUAUGCCGCCGCGCUGGCCUUCUCCGUCCAGAACCUCCGCUUCGCCUCCUCCGGCGCCGGCGCCGGGCCCGCCGCCGUGGUGGUGCCGUCGUCCCUGGCCGGCCUCCGCGCCGCCGUGCUCUGCUCGCGCGAGUCCCGCCUCGCGAUCCGCCUCCGCAGCGGGGGCCACAGCUACGAGGGCCUCUCCUACACCACCAGCGGAGACGAAGAAGAAGGAGGAGGCGGCGCCUUCGUCGUGGUCGACCUCGUGGCGCUCGACGCCGUCCACGUGGACGCCGCGUCACGCACCGCCUGGGUCCAGUCGGGCGCCACGCUCGGCCAGCUGUACCACGCCGUGGCCAUGGCCACGUCGUCGAGCCCGGCCAGCCUCGCCUUCUCCGCGGGCUCCUGCCCCACCGUCGGCUCCGGGGGCCACGUUGCCGGCGGCGGGUUCGGGCUCCUGUCAAGAAAACACGGCCUCGCCGCGGACAACGUGGUGGACGCCGUGCUGGUGGACGCCGGCGGCCGCGUCCUGGACCGGAGCGCCAUGGGCGAGGACGUCUUCUGGGCGCUACGCGGCGGCGGUGGCGGCGCGUGGGGCGCGGUGUACGCGUGGCGGGUCCAGCUCAGCGCCGUCCCCGACCGCGUCACCGUCUUCGUGGUCAACCGGCCUGGCACGGUCGAAGCGGUGGCGCGGCUGGUGUCCACGUGGCAGCACGUGGCGCCGUGGCUGCCCGACGAGUUCUACCUUUCGGCGUUCGUUGGGGCCGGCCUACCGGAGUCAGACAAGACCGGAAUUAUCUCUGUCACAUUUAAAGGGUUCUUCCUCGGCCCGGCACACGAAGCGAUUCAGAUAUUAUCCACAAGGUUCCCUGAAAUCGGGUUGUCGGAUCUUGACCCCAAGGAGAUGAGCUGGAUCGAGUCCGUGGUGUUCUUCUCGGGUUUGCCCGCAGGGAGCCCCGUGUCGGAGCUCACCGACCGGGUUCUCCAUGGGAAGAACUACUUCAAGGCGAAAUCAGACUUCGUGCGUCGUCCGAUGGCCAUCGAUGAUUUGACCAAAGCCAUCGAUUUCCUCUCCAAGGAGCCCAAGGCGUAUGUCAUCCUUGACCCCUAUGGCGGGGCCAUGGAUCGUAUCGAGGCCACCGAUCUGCCCUUUCCUCAUCGCAAAGGCAACAUCCACGGCAUCCAAUAUCUCAUCGAUUGGACGGCCGACGAGGACAGCCACAGAGACUCCUACAUGGAUUGGCUGCGGAGAUUCUACGACUUGAUGGGAGCAUAUGUUUCAAAUGGUCCACGCACGGCGUACAUAAACUACCAAGACCUUGAUCUAGGUACCAACGAUUGGUCCGGUCUUAUGGCAAAAGGCGACGAUGAGAACGCCAAUCCGGUCGAGACGGCAAGAAUAUGGGGCGAGAGGUACUUCCUAGGCAACUACGACCGACUUGUUCGUGCAAAGACCGCCAUCGACCCGGAAAACGUGUUCCGCAAUGCUCAAAGCAUCCCGCCCCUCUUCACCGGAGCCCGAGGGACGACUAGGAGGACGCCACGCGGCAUCUCGCCUAAAGUCGCGUCCGAGGACGACAAGGCAUAUGAUAGCUAGCGAGAGCCAAACACGUAUACUCAAGAUUCAUAAGAUUGAUUUAGAGAAAGCAUGUAUGUAGCGCGAUGCACCGAGCAUCCAUGGCAUGACUAGGAGGUACUCCACGUGGCAUUACAUCCAAAGAUGCGAACAAGGGGAAGGCACAGGGGUCAUAUAGCAAAGACAUACACAUACGGACGCAUUUGUGAGUGAGUGUGUUUGUGUUGUACUUCUGCAAUGUUGCUGUCAUGGUGUCAUGCAUAGUGGCCGUCCAGGAGGCCAAUUUGUUCUCUCUUUUGUAUAGAAAGAAGGUGAUCUGGAUUGGUAGAGCUAAGCAGAAAACGAGAGGAUUGUUAUUUGGUGCGUU